AUGGAUCAAGCCUUGGAUGAUCAAUUUAAUCGCGACGAGUCCCAUGACCGUGAUUGGAUCCGCCAUUGCUAUUGCAUUCUAGUUGGAAUGAUAUGCCAAAAAUAUGAAGACACGAAAGGUUUGAUACCAGGUGACACUCAUUUUUCACCUUGGCUGGUAUCAACCAAAUUCUACAGCAGGAUUAGCCAAAAAUAUGAAGACACAAAAGGUUUGAUACCAGGUAACACUCAUUUUUCACCUUGGCUGGUAUCAACCAAAUUCUACAGCAUGAUAUGCCAAAAAUAUGAAGACACAAAAGGUUUGAUACCAGGUAACACUCAUUUUUCACCUUGGCUGGUAUCAACCAAAUUCUACAGCAUGAUAUGCCAAAAAUAUGAAGACACAAAAGGUUUGAUACCAGGUAACACUCAUUUUUCACUUUGGCUGGUAUCAACCAAAUUCUACAACAUGAUAAGCCAAAAAUAUGAAGACACAAAAGGUUUGAUACCAGGUAACACUCAUUUUUCACCUUGGCUGGUAUCAACCAAAUUCUACAGCAGGAUUAGCCAAAAAUAUGAAGACAAAUGGUUUGAUACCAGCAAAUUCUACAACAUGAUAUACCAAAAAUAUGAAGACACAAAAGGUUUGAUACCAGGUAACACUCAUUUUUCACCUUGGCUGGUAUCAAGCAAAUUCUACAACAUGAUAUGCCAAAAAUAUGAAGACACAAAAGGUUUGAUACCAGGUAACACUCUUUUUUCACCUUGGCUGGUAUCAACCAAAUUCUACAGCAUGAUAUGCCAAAAAUAUGAAGACACAAAAGGUUUGAUACCAGGUAACACUCUUUUUUCACCUUGGCUAGUAUCAAGCAAAUUCUACAGCAUGAUAUGCCAAAAAUAUGAAGACACAAAAGGUUUGAUACCAGUCUCAUUUGACAUCGGAGAAUAUGCGAGUUUGGCUUCAAGUUCAAGGAAGAAUAAGGGAAGGGUCCCACAGGGAGAAGACAAACUUGAACGAAGAAGAAGUUGGAAUUGGGAGCCAGUGAAACUGGAAAAAAGUACUCAGGAUAACGAUAGAAAGUUAUUUAAGGAACGAGAUCUCAAGCUUCCAAAGGCAUUGAGAGACAUGAUCAUGUGCUUCAAGACUGAAGCAGGGGCUAGUUGUGUACAGGGUUUGGAGGCAGUCGGUUUGCUGCAGACCGAAAAUGAACCCGAUUAUCAUGGACGCGCCAGUAACGAAAUUGUUUCAAGAACAAUGAAACUCUUACCAAGCAAGCUUAGUACCGAUAAUGAUGAUCUCAACAAGGUUGUGAAGCCAGACCUGAGGUCGAUUCGUAUCAAUAACCUCAGAUAUUCGACUCUCAAGAAUAACUGA